CUAUCUAUCUAUCUAUCUAUCUAUCUAUCUAUCUAUCUAUCUAUCUAUCUAUCUAUCUGAAUUGCAUCUUGUGCUGAGGAUGCUCCCCGCCUCCCCUUCCACCUCCGGUACAGUGAAAGCUGCCCCCUUGGCUAAAAGUCACAUUUUGGAUGGCUACUAGUUUCGUGUAUUUAUGGUGCGUGAGUCAUCAGGCUCCCUUCCGAUUGGCUGCAGACUUAAACACCCCUGGGACUGCCAGUCCGUUACAGCCAUUCUCAGCUUCAUUCACAGGUUUAUUUAGCUUGCACACAGUGAGAUCCAUUCAGAAAACUUCAUUCAUAAAAAAGAAGAAGAAGAAGACGAGGAGGAGGAGGAGGAGAAUAGGCAACGUUCUUUCUGUAACAUUUCAAAGGAAUCGUUCAGCCUAAUCUGGAGAUGGGAAAAAGAGAGAAGAGACGGCUUCAGAGAAUGAUGGAGAGACCGACUUUUCUGUAAUGUUUCCAUUGAUGAUUGUUCUGAAGAUCCGAAGUCCUCCUGUGCCAGAAUAUCAAUCUCUGCGGAGUAUUUGAGGGUGACUAUGCUACUGAGGGGGUCUUUAAGGGCGAGCAACGCUUUACUUUUGCAGACAGAAACUGAGUUGUGUUCGUAGAACACGUUAAUCUCGACGCUUUCUUCUCCUUCAAGCUGCCUUUGUCGGAUUUUAUUUUUAAUUUCAGAGAAGUGCUUUCCCCCCCACCUCAACUGAUCGAGUCCUUGUUAAUCAACCCACUUAGGCUACUUACUUUAAAAAUAUAUAUCUUGCUGUUGUUUUUCCAAGAAAGAGAUUUCUUCUUGGGUCUUUGUCCUAAAUACUUAAAAAAAAAUUUUAAAGGUAAUCGGGUCUUUAACAAUUAAUCCUACACAGAAUCAUGGCACGGAGUGUUGGAAAACUAAGAAGAAUUUGGAAUUUGCCUUGCUUGAAGUUAUUCUAGCUGUUGAGAUUAAACAGAGGGAAUCUGGGCUUCGUAUGUGUUUCACUCUGAUUUAAUUUCAAACAAUCAAAUGACCGGACAAACUGAAACAGGGUUUAUGAAGAAGAAGAAGCAUUCCGGGGACGUUUUAAGAGCACCCACAGUCACCAGGAAUCCUGUUUUCUUAUUUUUUCUAUUCAAAAUUAUUUUGAUCUGUCUGGUUCCGUAUUUUUUUUGGUCAUUCAUAAAAAGGCAGCUAGGUUAAGGGUGGGGGGGGACGGACGGACGGACGAGGAGAUUGAGUUACAAAACUUUGCAGGCUAUGAGAGAACCCGUUCUCUCUUGCUUGAGUGCACAACUACUGGAUGUAGAAUCCUUAAGACUACCAGGAAUGCUCCACAGGACUAAAUAUAGUCGUUUCAGAAAUGAGUCCCUCACCUCGCUGGAGGAAGACACGUCGUCGAGCGAUCUCCUUCGCCUGAAGGCCUCGUCCGCUUCUCCUUCCCCUACGUCGAACACGCUCACUGAAGAUGUCCCAGUUGGUACCUCGGACAGCUCCAUUUCUUUGUGCACCUUGGUACCUCGCAUGGCGAACGUGAAACUGGCCAACCCUUCCACCUUACCAAACCUGAAGAACUUCUGCUUACGGGCGAAAGAGGUGCCAAGGUUGAAACUCACAGAAUGCGUCCCUGUUCAAAGCGGCCCAACCGUGCCAGAAACCAGCUUCAGCAGCUCCUUGUCUUCUGGUUAUUCCCAGGGAGACCCAGGCAAGGUAUUUAGGUCCAAGCCAAACACCCAAGAGAACUGUGUCUUGUUAGCUGUGGGGGACUCUGCCUUCUUGUCUAAACCGAGCAAAGAUCUUGGACAAAAGGGUGAAUCCAGCUUGGAGACUGGAAUAUCCUACGCUGCCCGAUAUAUGGGCUGCAUUGAAGUCCUGCAAUCAAUGAGAUCUUUGGAUUUUGGCACUCGGACCCAAGUAACCAGGGAAGCAAUAAGUCGCCUGUGUGAAGCUGUGCCAGGAAUACAUGGGAUCACAAAGAAACGGAAGCCUCCGGCUAAAUUUCUUUCUCCUGUGCUUGGCAAAAGCAAUCUUCAGUUUUCUGGCACGCAUAUAAACCUGACCAUCUCAACAACCAGUCUUACUUUAUUGAACACUGAUAGCCAGCAGAUUAUUGCGAACCAUCACAUGCAGUCCAUUUCAUUUGCCUCUGGAGGGGAUCCAGAUACUACAGAUUACGUCGCCUACGUUGCUAAAGAUCCUGUUAAUCAAAGAGCGUGCCAUAUUUUGGAAUGUCCCUCUGGAAUAGCUCAAGAAGUCAUCAAUACCAUCGGACAAGCAUUUGAGCUCCGGUUCAAACAAUACUUGAAAACUCCUCCUGCUUUGAUUUCUUCCAAAGAAAGAAAAGGGGUGAGUCUUGAUGGAUCCACUUGGAAUAGUCAAGAAAAGGAAGAAUGCGGAUACUAUAAUGAAAUUCCUGGGAAGGAGCCUCCUGCCGGUGGACUGUCCGAUGUCAGGCUGAAGAUAAUCCCAGAAGAAAGGACCAACCGUCCCAUCCCUACUGAGCAGCAACAAUGUGGAGAUGAAAGUCCCAGUUCUAAGCAGCUUUAUGAAAACUGCCCGGAUGAGCACAGAGCAUUAGAUAUCAGCAAACCAACUCAGGCAGCAAAUCAAGAUGCUCCAUUGCUGAAAAGUAGCAGCAAAGUGGAUCUUUUUGAUGACCCUCGUUAUAUCAAUACUCAAAACUUACAAGCUGCAGCAGAAGCCUUGGAAACUGUAGAACCGAAAGGCUCCAAUGACGUGGCAGGCCUCACAGAUGCAAAGAUACCUCUUUGGAAUGAAGAAUGUUAUCACGGGAAGAUAUCCAGGAGACAAGCUGAGGAUCUCUUAAGAAACAACGGAGACUUUCUGGUACGCGAGAGCACUACGUCACCUGGCCAAUAUGUCUUGAGUGGGCUGCAAGGAGGACAAGUGAAACAUCUCUUGCUGGUGGAUCCUGAAGGCAAGGUUAGAACCAAAGACCAUACAUUUGAUAGUGUGGAUCACCUUAUCCGCUACCAUAUGGAGAACAAAUUGCCAAUUGUCUCUUCUGGAAGUGAAUUAAGACUUUGCCAGCCUGUAAAGAAAGGGUUAGGGGCAACUGCAUUCUAAGGAAUAAUUUUGUUGACUCACAUUUCUUUUCAAGACAAUUCUUUUAUCCCAGUCUCCUCAACAUCCCCCAGUGACUAUUCUGAACUCAUUUCCUGCGCACAGAAUUCGACGGAGAAUAGGAGACACCUCUUGAUGAUGAGGUUGCAGAUGGAUUGUUCGUGUGUUUGUAUAUGCCUCUCUCUGUCCAAUGCAUUUGUCUAAUCAGUAUUUCUCAACCUCAACAACUUUAAAGUUGUGCGGACUUCAAUUCCCAGAAUUCCCAAGUCAACAUGGCUGACUGGAGCAGGGGUGGGUUUCAACCGGUCCGCGGCGGUCCAUGCGGACUGGUUGGUUGGUGAACCCGGAAGUAACUUAUGGGGACGCCGAAGGGCCCACCCGCCUGCCCGUGUUCCUUACGGG